AGCGCAACGUGAGUGACAGUUUUUUGUGACACAUGUCAAAUUGACGGAGCAGCUUUAUGCAUAUAAUAUUUCUAAUUAAUUAAUUGCUAUUAAUAGCGGUUCCAACUUUUAAUCCUUUUCAUAAAAAACAUCGCGAGAUCUUCAAAAUAAUUUAUUUAUUCAUUUUAUUAUUAAAAAAAAAUCUUUAUUGAUUAAUAUUGCCAGAAAAAUGAUGGAAAAAUAAAUAAAAAUUAAUAAAAUCUAAAAUAAAAUCAUAAAUUCUAAAUGACAGAAGAGAAGAAAAGCCAAUUAGCUCUCUUUCAUUCACACCCACGCAAGAAAGUAUAUUUGGCAUCUCGUUCUAAAAGGCGUCUGCGGCUUUGUAGCACGCACAAUAAAAAUUCCUCGCGUUCUUAGUAGCCAAAGUGUGUGGUGGAAGCAAUGUCUGGUGCUGUAAUUGAAAAUUUAAGUGGUCGGAAAUUAACUGUGGUGGUAUCAUGCCUCCUCCUGGCCCAAUUGGUGUGCUUCCUAAUUGGAGGACUAAUAGCUCCUCUGCCAAGUAGUGUCCAAACAAUUCUGACCACAGUGUGCCAGGAUGACGAUAUGGCCUUCAAUGAUACUUCCAAGUGGUUCUGGACACGCGGAGAAAAUGCCUGCACCAUGCAAUCAUCAAUUGGGGAGAAUGUUAAUUUGCGAAGCAAUCCCCGAGCUGUUCUGGUAUUCCAAAUGCCUCUCCCACGGGGGAAUCGUCCGCUGGAUUUUUCCCGAUGGCAACAGAGUCUCAUUGGAAUGCUGCAUUUGGAUGUUAAACUCACACCAGAUGCUCCAGUCUUCCCAUCAGGUACUGUCCCACUAACUUUGGAUGCAAGACUCGCAUAUUCAAACAAAAAUGCACCUGGUUGGCAUCUCUUGGCUGCUUCAACGGAACAGCGGCACUUGGAAUGUGAGCAAACAGCUCCACAAAUGUUUGCCUGCCAUCCAGUGGCUCUCUUUGAGCUUGGUUCACUACAUCAUGACUACUACCUCCUGAAUAUUCGCCUACCCGUUGAUUCAGAGCGAAAAUUGAAUCUUCACGUGGAUCAGGUGUCAGAGGUUACAUUGACGGCAAUCUAUCAAAAUGGUGGCUUCACAAAGGUCUGGCUAUCGCUCAAGUGCAUCUUUGCUCCGACAAUUGCAGCUUUGGUCAUUUGGUUCUGGCACCGUGUACAUCAACUCCAACGGAAACCAGUUCUUCUCGAAUGGAUGCUUUUGGCACUUGCAGGAGCACUGACUCUUCUCAAUAUCCCUGUGGAGUUGUUGAGUCUCUUUGUGGACAUGCCUUUUAUGCUUCUUCUCGCGGAUAUUCGCCAAGGGAUUUUCUACGCUACUCUCCUGUCAUUUUGGCUUGUCUUUGCUGGGGAGCACAUGAUGAUUCAAACUGAAUCCCAAAAGAGCUCACUAAAGACCUACUGGCGUCACUUGAGUGCAGUUGUUGUAAGCUGUGUAUCACUAUUUGCUUUCGAUCUCUGCGAACGUGGAAUAAAACUCCGGAAUCCCUUCUAUUCUGUCUGGACGUCUCCAUUUAGUGCAAACAUUGCUUCGGGAUUCAUCACUGUUGCUGCCAUCUCUGCUGCAGUGUACUUCCUGUUCCUCUGCUUUGUUGUCUAUCGUGUCAUGCGAAAUAUUGGCGCUAAACGAAGCAGUCUCUCCAGUAUGUCUGCAGCAAGACGUCUUAGGUACUCUGGCAUCAUAUAUCGCUUCCAAUUUCUAAUGCUGGCUACCCUAGUUUGUGCUGCCAUGACUGUCGUUGGUUUUGUAAUGGGGCAAGUUGAUGAGACGCAACUAAAGUGGUCGGAGAGUUCAACAAUUGAAAUCAAUUCAGCCUUCCUUACGGGCGUCUAUGGCAUGUGGAAUGUCUACAUAAUGGCCCUACUUGCCCUCUAUGCUCCCAGCCACAAGAAUCUUCAUGUGGAAGAACGUACAGCCAAUGGGGAAGAGAUUGAAUUUAGUAAUUUUCCCGCUGAAUCGAAUCCAAGUGAAAUCUCCUCCCUCACUUCCUUUUCUCGCAAGGCUGCUUUCGAUUAAAAAAUCAUCUCUUUGUCUCCUUUUCUCUGAAGCUUAUGUGUCGUCAGUAUUUUUUCAAGUAUUUUCUAUGUACAUGUGUAUUAUUUAUAUACUACAAUAAAUUUUUAUUCAGUAAAUGUGCCAAAAAAA